AUGCGGGUGCUCGUGGGUGAGGGAGGGCUGGGAGUCGGGGGCGGGCUUGGGCUGAGGCCGAGAGCCGAGCCGGGAGAGCAGCCCCAGCGGGCGCGGUCUUCUCAGCAAGCAAGCGAGCUAAAAGCUGACUGUCUGAAAGCCUGUGACCUGUGUCACCUCUGCAUCGCGGGCUGGGAAACAGUUUGUGCUCUCCCAUCAGGUGGCGGGACGGGAUUCAUUGGGACAGCUCUAACCCAGCUGCUGAAAGCCAGGGACCACAAAGUUACGUUGGUCUCCCGACAGCCUGGGCCGGGUCGAAUCACGUGGGAUGAGCUCAGUAGAUCGGGGCUCCCCCUCUGCGAUGUUGUCAUCAACCUGGCUGGAGAGAACAUCCUCAACCCUCUGCGAAGAUGGAACGAAGCCUUCCAAAAGGAGGUGCUUACCAGCCGCCUGGAUACCACCCACCUGCUAGCUGAAGCCAUCACCAACGCUGCACACCCACCGCAGGCUUGGAUACUAGUCACAGGUGUAGCUUAUUACCAGCCAAGCCCAACUGAGGAGUAUGACGAAGACAGCCCAGGAGGGGACUUUGACUUUUUCUCCAACCUGGUAACCAAAUGGGAAGCAGCAGCCAGGCUUCCUGGAGAGUCUACACGCCAGGUCGUGGUACGUUCAGGGGUUGUGCUGGGCCGUGGGGGUGGUGCCAUCAGCCGCAUGCUUCUGCCCUUCCGCCUGGGCCUAGGAGGCCCCAUUGGUUCAGGUCACCAAUUCUUCCCCUGGAUACACAUUGGCGACCUGGCAGGAAUUCUGACUCAUGCCUCUGAAGCAAACCACGUCCAAGGAGUCCUGAACGGAGUGGCCCCAGCAUCUACCACUACCAAUGCCGAGUUUGCCCAGGCCUUGGGUGCUGCCCUGGGCCGCCCAGCCUUCAUACCUGUCCCCAGCACUGUGGUACAAGCAAUCUUUGGACGAGAGCGUGCCACCAUGCUGUUGGAAGGCCAGAAAGUGGUCCCACGGCGGACACUGGCCACUGGCUACCAGUAUUCCUUUCCAGAGUUGGGGGCUGCCUUGAAAGAUGUUGUAGCCUAAGCAGAGAAGGGCCCCAAGGCAGGAGCUGAGGCCUGUUCCUCAUACAGAGGGUUGGACCAGGUAAGCCCUGUGCCUGAGAUCAGAAGCAUCUCAGAAUCUCUCCCCAUCACUUUGUCCCUGUGUUGUUUUUCUACCUCUGUCUGAGAAACUCCAGUCAAGGCUGGAAUCGCAUUCUAACCUUAACCUCUCCAACUUGUUGUGGUUUCUGUGUGUCACACUGUUGCCCCAGUUCUAUAUGCUAUGUACAGAAUGUUCUGCAGUUAUGGCAAUAAAUUCUACCACUGGCUUCAGCUGCCUCUUUGGCUUAGAUGCUCAUGGAAUUUACCUUAAGGACUAUUACCUAGAUGGCUCUCCUUCCUAAAUGAGGUUCUGAAUGUUGUAAUAAGCAAUCUUGCUCCUCACCCUUCCCUUUCUUGGUCUCUCUCCCAACAUGAGCUGGUAAGACAUGAGCUUGUGACAGAGGUUAAAGACAAUAAAUAUGUUUAAGGAUCA